AUGUCCAAAGUGGAAGAUGCCGUCGCGGCUGAUGCGGCCACUCUCGGCGCCAUGCAGAUCAACGCCUUUGACGCCAACCAGCCCGAGCCCUUAUUCGUCGAGCCCUACGCCGUCACGGGCUGGGCUACCUUUAUCCAGCGCGCCGCGUCGUCUCGGUCCGGUCCGCAAGCCCGCGUCGGCGUGAUUCGCGACGACUCUGGCGCGGCGAAAGCAGCGUGCUUGCUGCAUAUCGCGCGGGACAACGACGCUGCAGCAGACCUGUACGGGCCCUGGCAGGAAUCUUGGGGCGCACCGCCGCCGGACAUGAGCAAGGACAGACUGGAUGCCUUCUUCGGGGAGAUGAAGGCGCAGCACAAGGCUGUCAUGGGCCAUGUCCCUCAUAUUUGUACGUUUAUUUUCCCUAAAAGCAGGGGCGGGGGUGGUUGGCUGACUGCUCCCAUGACAGACUUGGAAAUCAUCAUGACGCACUCGACGGCGCGCGGCCGUGGGUACGGCAUGGCGCUGCUGCAGUGGUCGAAUGAGAUGGCCGACGGCUUCGGACUGCCGCUGUAUCUGGAUGCGGGAGAGGAUGUCGUGGGCUUGUACACGCGCGUGGGCUACGUGCGGCAGCCGGACGAGCUGCGCACGAGCAAGAGCUUGGUGCCGAUGGUGCGGGCGGCUGUCAAGGCGUAG